AUGGUCGUCACAUACCUGCAACUGAAGGCUGAGAAACCUGCUUUGGAUCUUCCACACGCCGAGAAAACUACUGGACGAGUUAUCCCCAUUAAACACCCUGAAGGUAGCAAAGCAGACUUUGGUGCGGAAAUAUACGGGAUCGAUUUGAACAACUUCACGGAUGCCGACUUCGAGUUCAUCUCAGAUACGUUACACAAAUGGAAGCUACUGGUAUUCAAAGAGCAGCCGGAGAUGCUGAAGCCUCAGCAGCAGUACUUGCUGACUGCCAACUUCGACCCCGAGGAAACAACUGGAGGCUUUGCUCACGGCCAUGAUCCUUUCCUGACACACCAUGACGGUGUAGACUUCUACGGGAUUCCGAAGCGCCCCGCGAUCCCAGUACAACCACAAGUCCAUAUCCUCGGCCGUGGCCCUAUUCCAGAAGGCCACUUUGGAUUUCCACCAGGUUUUGAAGUGCAAGGCGUCGAUCAUGAAGAGUUCCAUCUUCCACCACAUAUUCCAGCUGCUGAGCGUGAGACGGGCGCGUCCCGUUUCUACCAAUGGCAUUUCGAUGGUUCCCUGUACGAUAUCCCUCCUCCACGUGUAGGCUGUCUCUUGGCAGUUAGAACACCCAAGGGUACAGAUGUAACAGUGCGGUGGGAAGAUGAAGCUGGCACGCAAAUGAAGAUGGCGCCAGGUUCUACGGCGAUGAUUGCUGGCAGCCGUGCGCUAGAACUUCUGGCCGAAGAAACAAAGAAUAUUGUCAUGAACAGCAGGAUUGAGUAUGCGCCUCAUGCUUUCGUAUGGAUAUCAAAGACCCACAGUACGAGACUGGGGCAUUCUAUCGAAACCGAAGGCCUAGAGAAGCCACUCGAUGAGCUGCCCAAAUGGGACAAGAGCAAAGUAUGCAUCUACCCCAUGGUAUGGACAAACCCAAAGACUGGCGAGAAGUCACUUCAGGUCCACGGUCAGGGUGCUUUCAAACUUUACCUUAAGAGUAGUCCGGAAGGUGCGGAAAUAGUUAUUGAAGAUCUCAGAGAAGUCAGGGCGUUCAUGGACAAAUUGAUGAGACCGGCGAUACAGCCCGAGAAUAUCUAUGCCCAUCCACACACGGAGCAAGAUGUCAUCUUAUGGUACAACCGUGCGUUGUGGCACAGCAUUGUUAAAGAGUUACUUUAUUAG